AUGUUAAGUGAUAGCAAUAGUUCUUACGAGGACUCAACGGCAUUAACUUCUGAAAUCAUCAUUCCUCGUCUAAUUCGUUUUUGGAUUAUUCUUCCCUUAUACAUUCCAUCAGUGAUCUGUUCAUUGUUUGUUUUGUAUAAUUUUAUUGUCCAUCGGAAAUUACGUCAAGCUUUUCAUAAUCAUGUUAUUACUCUUCUUGUUUUCAUUAAUUUUAUUGUUCAACUAACAAGUAUUCCAUGGCUUCUUAAUUAUUAUCGUUUAGGAAAUGUUUGGCCACAAAACUCUAUCUUUUGUCUUACAUGGACUUUUAUUGAUGAAGCUUUAUAUAUAAUAACAACAAUUCUAUUUUCUUGGGCAACUAUUGAGCGGCAUAUUCUUAUUUUUCAUGAUCACUUACUAUCAACCAAAUAUAAAUUAAUUUUCUUUCAUUAUUUACCAGUAGUUACAAUUUUUCUCUAUGGCAUGUGUUACAAUAUUAUUGUAAUUAUUUUUCCACCAUGUGAAAAUACCUAUGAUUAUUCUCAACUUACAUGUGGUGAUCCCCUUUGUUAUUAUGAAUUUGACUCAGUAGCAAUGUGGGAUGUUAUAGUUAAUGAUUUAAUACCUACAAUAGUUAUUAUUUACUGCAGUAUUGCUCUUCUAUUACGUGUCAUCUGUCAAAAAUUUCGCAUGCAUCGAACAAUUCGUUGGCGAAAUCAUCGAAAGAUGACGAUUCAAGUAUUAGCAAUUUCACUUCUGUAUCUUUUCAUAUACGUACCAACACUGUUAUUAGAAUUUAUUCAUCGUUGUGGCGUUUCUGAAGAAGUUGGUGCCAACUUUAUGUUAUAUGCAGAAUUCUUUAAGUAUUAUGGCAAUCUUUUAUUACCUUUUAUAUGUGCUGUAUCAAUGCCUGAACUCAACAAACACAUUAACAAAAUAUUUUCAUAUUGCCGACGACAAACACAAGCAGUUGGCCCUCAACCAUUGACAUUAGCACGUCAUGUAGUUGGUCCACCAUUAAUAGUCAGAGUUAUUGUUUCAUGA